AUGCCUCAGUUCAACGUCGCCACAGCUCUCAAUAUCGUAGCCUACACGCUCUUCUUAUACGACUACGUGCUUACGUUCGCAGAUGAGGUGGAAUUGUUCUGGUCGAGACCUCGUCGAUCAUGGGCAUUCCUACUUUUCUUCGCCAAUCGAUACAUUACACUGCUGGGUCGCGUGCCACCGUCAUUUACUGCUAACUUUCUUGCGUCAAAAUUCGGACCUUACAGCCCCUUGUCGGUUGCGUCCACGAAACCUCUUGCUCCCCCAACCCUGACAUUGCUCACGGGUUCCAGUGAGUCCUCCGAACCUCUAGUCCUUCAUCAACACUUUGACUUCUUCCUCCAAGUCGUCAUGACACUACGCGUCUACGCUAUGUACGGCGAAAGUCGGCGAGUUUUGUAUUUCCUCCUCUCGUUCAUAGGGAUUGGUGCAGGAGUCGCAUUGUGGGCACUCCUUGUCAAUUCUAAUUCUUCCCUUCCUGCGGCGCCCGUGCAAGGCCAUGGGUGUCUUCGUUUCAUCUCUCAACAGCAGUUCGUCUUCGAUUAG